AUACAGAGAACUAAGUCACAAGGCAGGCGUUGUGAAGUUUGUAAUAAGAUUAUUCUGCUUGUUAAAUUUGUAAUCAUAUUUAAUGCAAUAACAUAAUCAUGGGGACAUUAAGACGUAUUGUAGUUAUGGCCAUAAUCCAAAGCAUAGCAUUUGGUAGUUAUAUUAUUAAUAUAGAUCCAUCUAAAGACAGAAAGCCACUUAAACAUUUCUGGAAAAGCACAGGAUUUUGCCCUCCUUUACCACACGACCAAUCAGAAAACUAUUUUCUUGGCAAAGAUCAGAGACUGAACUUGGCUUACAUUUCUUCGGUACCUCAGGGAGGCAUUGUGCAAGUGCGCACACAUUGGUUACUGGAUCUUGUCACAGUUUCUAGAACUUUUUCUGGAAUACCUUCAUAUGAUUUCAGAAAACUGGACACAUUUAUGGAUCUUCUUAUGCAAAAUGGUUUGGUACCAGGUUUUGAACUGAUGGGAAGUCCUUCUGGAUACUUCACAGAUUUUGAAGAUAAAAGACAGGUUUUAGAGUGGAAGAAUCUUAUCUUCUUGAUAGCAAAGCGAUACAUAGAAAGAUAUGGACUUGAACAUGUUUCCAAAUGGAACUUUGAAACUUGGAAUGAACCAGAUAAUCAUGAUUUUGAUAAUGUUACAAUGAGUAUAGAAGGGUUUCUUAAUUAUUAUGAUGCUAGCUCUGAAGGUCUGAAAAAAGCUAGUUCACAAUUAAAAUUUGGAGGACCAGGUGAUUCGUGCAGGUCGCUUCCAAGGUCACCCAUUUGCUGGAAUCUUCUGAGUCAUUGCUAUAAUGGAACAAACAUAUUUACUGGAGAAAAUGGGGUGAGGCUGGACUACAUAGCUGUGCAUAAAAAGGGUGGAGGAAGCUCUCUUCGCAUAUUAGAGCAAGAAAUUGACACUGUGCAUGAAAUUCAAGGACGCUUCCCACAAUUUAAAUCGCUUCCAAUAUAUAAUGAUGAGGCAGAUCCUCUAGUGGGAUGGUCCAACCCACAGUCUUGGAGAGGAGAUGUCACUUAUGCAGCUAUGGUAGUAAAGGUAAUAGAUCAACAUCAAGCUCUGCUCUUGUCCAAUGAAAGUAACAGUAUUAACUACACCUUGCUAAGUAACGAUAAUGCCUUCCUGAACUAUUACCCUCACUACUUUACUCAGAGGACGUUGACAGCAAGAUUCCAGAUGAACAAUACUAAACCUCCCCAUGUCCAGAUGGUGAGAAAACCAGUGUUAACGGUAAUGGGCUUGCUGGCAUUAUUAGGGGAAAUAGAAUCUUUUACAGAAAUAUUUAUUGAUGGCGAAAAAGCUGGCAAUGACAGCAUCGUUGGAGUAAUAGCCAGUUUACAUGAGCCAGAGAAGGAGGACAAGUCAGAUAGCUGGCAAUCUGCAAUACUCAUUUAUGUUUCUAAUGAUAAUAGAACAUCGCCUGAUGUAAAUUAUCUAUCUGUAAACCUUACAAAUUUUCCAAAAUCUGAAGACCUUGUAUAUGUUACAUAUUAUAUUGACAACAAUUUGACCAACCCAUUUUUGACAUGGCAGAAGGCUGGAAGCCCAGACUUCCCAACAGUUAAUCAGUUCCGCUUAAUAAGGAAUGCAGAGGAUCCUGUGGCGAAAGGCCCUACCGCUUUUCCUAAAGAUGGAAAUUUGAUUCUAAAAAUGGAACUUCCUGUUCCCUCUGUAAUCCUUAUUCACAUCUGUGAAAGACCUCAAUCUCCUCCUAAUAAGGUAACUGGUCUGUACUUUCUUUCCCUGACCAGUGGACAGGUAGCAGUGAUUUGGAGUGAUGAAUAUAUAUUGACCAGGUGUUUGAAAACUUAUGAAGUAGAAUUUUCAAAGGAUGGCUCUGUUUACAGAAGAAUUAAUGAAAAAGAUAUCAUCUUUACACUGUUUGUAUACAGUCCAGAUAGUGCAAAGGUAUCUGGCUCAUACAGGGUACGUGCCGUCAACUAUUGGGGAAUUCCAGGACCUUAUUGUUUUCCAGAAAAAUACAGAGAAAUUUCUCACAACAAUUGAAAUUAAUUCUCAGUUUCUGAAUGUUUACUUUAUCAAUAAAGGUUGACAGAAGACUUAAAUGUACAUAUUAAAUAGAGUAUUUUAAAUAAAGAAACAUGAAACUUUUGGAAUUUCUAAA